AUGGUUCAUCCAGUACAUUCUUCCGUACAACUCCUUUCGCUGUAUCACGAUUCCCUUGUUUCUCGAGUCAUCUCUAGACUUCCAUCGACUAUCUCUCGGCCGGCGCCCACACCACAUUCCCGAUAUACAAAGUACUGGACGGCCCACUCCUCACUUUACCGCAAGGUUGCCAUCACCCUUCAAAUGGUUCAGUACACAGAGCUACUCUGGGAAAUGAUCGCGCGGCGUCGAGGUGAAAAAGUUCGCUGGCGAGUCGUUAUCCUUAUCGAAGCUAUCAAAGCAAUAUGUCGUUUGUUUCUGCUGCAUCUCACAAACUCGAGACCGCUAGUCAGCCCUCCAUUACCAGAGCGCGACGUCGACCCGAGAUCUGCGGAAGAAGAGGAACGCGAUUGGAACGGGAUGCAAACACCAGUAAGCGAGCGGUCUUCAGACCUGAGCUGGACUAUGCCUCGUACGGGACUAUCGCUUCCUUGCCUUCCGGAUGUGAACGACGUCUCAAGCUUCUUAAUAUCGAAGGUACUCACUGCUGAUGACAUCAAGCCGCCCAAGGCCCUUUUGCACCGAGUCACAGGUCAAGGCCAGCUGGCAGAAAUAUUGUACAUUUUGCGGCCUGUAGCCUAUGCACUAGCGAUGCAAAAAUGGAAUGGCAAUAAACGAAGUUGGAGGCCUUGGCUCAUUGGGUUUGGCAUGGAGUAUGGCUGUCGGCAACUUGCCAAAACUGAUUUCAGGGAAAGACUUGCUGGUGGCCUCGGGGACUAA